CACAGCGUACACAUACAUGGCCGCCUGGUAGCUGACUGCAGCUUCUAACGCGAAACCAGCCAGGCCGACAAUAAAUGCAUACUUUGUUUGCUUUCAAGUCCUCGUAUGAGGGUUUCCUUUUCUGGAAAGCUUUUCGCGAUGGAGAAGCUGAAACAGGAACUGUUAGAUGUAAAGGCUAAAUGUGAAAAAUGUAUCCCAAACAGUGAAUUGGUAGCUUGUGUCCCGGCUCAGGUCCGAGUUAAUAUCGUGAAGACCAAAAACAAGCAGUUGACAGCAUGCUUGCAGUUCCCAGAGGACUAUCCCAACAAGCAAGUCUUGAUUGAGUUGAAGAGCAAGUCAAUAUGUGACCAGACCCUUGCUCAGCUCACUAUCAUUUGUGAUGAUGCAGCCAAGAAGCAUCUUGGCCAGCCUCAGAUUCUUCUUGUUCUCAGACUCAUAGGAGAAUUCCUGGAUAACAAUCCCCUCUGCAUCUGUGCAAAUGAAAUUGCUUCCAUUAAGAAGCUUCUGACAGAUAGUGAUGAACUGAAACUGAGGCAGGCAACUUCUUCUCUCACAUUGAAAGUUGUAUGUCAGAAAUAUUUUCUCUUCUGCAAGAUUGCCAUCCCUGAAAACUAUCCUGAGGAACAAGUUGGGAUUGUAGAAAAGGAAUGCAAUUUCCCAUCUUCAUUUUUGAAGUGGUUUAUUGCACAGUCCGUAGAGAUUGCCCGCCAAUGUGUUCAACCUCCCUUGAAGAAGGAUCCCAAAGCUCCUGCAUUUGUGUGCAAACCUUCAUUAUGGCCUGUCGUUAGCUUCAUUGUUGAGACUGUUAAGAGAUAUCCUUGUGAAAAAUGCCACGUAUGUGGAACUGUCUGCUUCCCUGAGAAUCCAAAGGAUGUGGUGAAUGAUGAGAGAAGUGGAAUGUCCAUUAAACGAAUACAUUGUGGACAUAUUUAUCAUCUUCGGUGUCUCCUCAAGUACAUGAAGAAACCUCCAUUUCAAGGU